UUUGAGCUUCAACAUGUCUUCAUCUCAACCCAGAUUGGGUCCGAACCCGAAUCUGAACUUCGACGAGAAACGAUGGGUCAGCCAGAUUCGUCGAGCUCUAGAUGAAGAGCUCGAGGAAGAAACUGAAACCCCAAUUCGGAUCUUCAAUGUUCCCAAACCCCUACGGGCUAUUCAUCCCGAUUCUUACAUCCCACAACAAGUUGCUAUCGGUCCCUACCAUUGCACCCGAUCCGAAAUCCGUGAGAUGGAGAGGUACAAGCUUGCUGCCGCCAGAAGAACUCAGAAAGACUUCCAAAAUCUCAAGCUCCAACGUCUCGUUAAUCAUCUAAUGGAAUUCGAACUCAAGAUUCGUGCUUGUUACAACAAGUACUUGAACUUUAACGGCGAGACGUUGGCUUGGAUGAUGGCUGUGGACGCGACUUUCUUGUUUGAAUUCUUGCAAGUUUGUGCUGUCAAACUAGGCAAGGAAACCACGAGGAAUAAGGCUGCACAUAAUGCAAUUCUUAGAGAUAUUUCGAUGCUUGAGAACCAAAUCCCUUUGUUCGUGCUGAGAAAACUGUUGGAGCUUCAAUCUUCGUCGUCUGAGAAGGCGGACGAGACGCUGUUUCGUAUGUUGAUCUGGCUCUGUGAAGAGCUGUCUCCAUUCAAGAUGGUGGAGGAAGAUUUACCAAAUGUUUUCCAAGUUAGAGAUUGUGCUCAUUUGCUUGAUGUUCUAUACCUUCUCUGUGUGCCGAGAUUGGAGGGAAUUCCCUACAAGAAUUCAGGAUCAGUUGAGGAAGUAGUUCAAGUUGAGGAAUGGUGUGCAGCAAUAUCAGAUGAUCAUCAUGACAAACAACACCUUCGAAGGGUGUGGAGCAAAGUUUUCAAUUUCCAGGCACCAUUGAACUUCAUCAAGAAGAUUAUAUUCUCCAAGCCUGUCAAGAUGAUCGAGAAAUCCCCUUUGAUGUUUCUCUCCAAUCUACCUAUGUUGAGAGCCACUAAAGAACCAGUGGAGAACUUCGUCAGCUCCCUCGACCAAGAUGAGAAGAAAAAUGAAGAUGGAAGUACUAAGAAUAGCAUCACAAACCAGCAGUCCCCAUUGCUAGAGGAAAUCAAAAUCCCUUCUGUAACCGAGCUCUCCAAAGCAGGGGUACGUUUUGAGUCCACCAAAGGAGGCAUCUCAACCAUUACAUUUGACAACAAAAACAUCGUUCUUUAUCUCCCAACAAUCAGUCUAGACGUGAACUCUGAGGGUGUGCUGCGAAACUUGGCAGCAUACGAGGCUUGCACCGCGUCAGGGCCGUUAGUUUUGGCUCGGUAUAUUGAGUUGAUGAAUGGGAUCAUCGACACAGAGCAGGAUGUCAAAUUUCUUCGUGAAAGAGGGAUUAUAAAGAACCAUUUGAAGAGUGAUGAGGAGGUCGCUAAUCUGUGGAAUGGGAUGAGCAAGUGUAUAAGAUUGACCAAAGUGCCAUUCUUGGACAAGGUGAUUGAAGAUGUGAACAAGUAUCAUAGUGGGGUGGGGAAGGUCAAAUGUGGGAAAUACAUGAAGAAAUAUGUGUUUGGAUCAUGGAGGUUUCUCACGUUUCUUGCUGCUAUAGCGAUGGUGUUGCUCAUGGCUUUACAAGCACGUGUUGUGCCUAUCAAGAACCUUGGUUGAUUGGGUUAUGCAUAGGUUUGUCCUUAACCAAUC